GCACUUGUGGGAAUUUACCCAACCCAUUUUUUAAUGGAUAAUAUGGGUGGUUAACUAUGUUCUUUUAACCAUUUUGCCACCCCUAAUUGUGUCCCAGUCGCCGACCCGGUCGAUGCUAACUCACAGGUUGCCAUCAAUAUCAAUCUACCAACCGAUCCCGAAAAUACCUUUCGCAAGGGCCAAUGAUAAAACACACCAAAGUUUCUAUCACGAGAGAAAACAUGCACCCGAUAUUACGUCCCGGAAUGAGCCAUCUCGUUCAGUGAUGAAGAAGUCGAAGGCAUCGUCCAGCCUCACAACGAUGCACUGGUAAUAUCCGUACUUGUUAAUAAAUCUCGGGUUAAACGUGUGUUGAUUGAUCCAGGUAGCUCGGCCAGAACAACCUGAGUUGCAGGAUCAAAGCGUACCGGCAGUCCAGGUAUUAAACGGAUUUAAUAUGGCAUGCGAGACCACGAAGGGCGAGAUAACUUUACCGGUAAAUACUGCCGGGACCAAAAAAAUAAAGUUCUACAUGAUCGAAGAGGACAUGAGGUACAACACCUUGUUCGGAAGGGGCCAUGGGUUCACAACAUGAGAGUGGUGCCUUCGACCUUACAUCAAGCGCUGAAAUUUCCCACUCCGGGAGGAGUCAAAGCAGUCUACGGUGAACAACCGACUGCAAAGGAAAUGUAUGUUGUCGAUGAAGUACGGUGCUUGUGGUUUCAACAUAAAAAAGUAGGGAACCGACCAAAGAAAGGGAAACUAAAUAGCAAUCAAUGAUACCGGCCUCAACCGAGCCGAAAAAACAGAAGGAGCACAGAGCGAACGAUGAAGAUGAUUACAGCGUCCCGAGAUCUUUUGUGAGGCAACGCACACUAUGUGACUAGUCAGCUUUUUUGUUAAAGUGAAACAUAAGAAAUAGGGUUGGAAGGCCAAAAUAUAAUAAGAUUGAGAUAGAGUGUCAACAUGAAAAUUGUGAUUGAACGGGCUGUCUAGGUAUUUGGCCUAAAAAGAACAUAAGCUUCUUAUCUUACAUUACGGACACUCCGCAUUCUCUAACGUUGGCUUGCCUAGCAAGUGAAAUGUUAGGCAUCAUUACGGUCCUGUCGAUGGGGAAUUCCGGGUCAUGACAGUUUCACAUGUUACUUUCUCAGCUCUCACAAUUUUAUUUGGAGGUAUAAAGAUACGUCAGUGGAAAUCUUGGGAGGAUUCUAUCCAGAAAGAGGAAUAUGAUCCAGAAGAAGUAAUUCGUUCCAAAGUUACACAUGUCCAAGACCAUGAUUUUGUCAAGGGCCGGUUUCUAGGUUUUGGCAAAAGUUCAACUUUAUUAAGUUGGCUGCAUUCUUUCGUCAAGCAAUUUUUUGGAUCUGUCACAAAAUCAGACUAUACAACGUUGAGGCUCGGCUUCAUUAUGACUCAUUACAAAGGGAAUCCGAAGUUCAAUUUUCACAAGUAUAUGAUACGUGUACUUGAAGCGGAUUUCAAGAAAGUUGUUGGGAUUAGCUGGUAUCUUUGGGUAUUUGUGGUCUUGUUCCUAUUGCUUAAUGUUCAUGGCUGGCACACAUACUUUUGGAUAGCAUUUGUUCCCUUUGGUGUAAGUAAUUAGUAGUAGUAUUAAAAACUACUAAUCUUUGUCCCUUUGAGCUACUAGCAGUAUUAUG